AUGGGGGAACACCCAACUGCUAUGAAAAUUGUUGAGCCUCCUAAUGAGUCCAUUGCUGGUUUUGGGACUGGUUUUGGGACUAUUUACAUGAUGGAUGACCCUCUAACUGAAGGACCAAGUCCAAAAGAAAUGGGGAAGAAGCAGAACGACAUCCAGAAAACGGGGCUAGGUCGAGCCCUGCUGUCUCGCUUCUACAGGAAGACGUUCCUUGAAUCCUUCACCGAAGUCUCCGACAUCGACGCCGUCGUCAAGCAAUCCCUAGAACCCCUCCCCAAACUCGUUGCUGCCACUUCAACCACUCUUAUCAGCCUGUGA